AUGAUUGGAAAAAGGAUUGCUCACAUAGGUGGCUCUUAUAUCCAAAAGGGCCCCCGGGGUGUCCAGCUGCGCGCCUUGUCAGUCACAAGUCUAGCAAAAGCCGACUCGCAACGGUCUACGCUGUCGAGAAUAUGGGUGCCAACCGGGGGUAUUACUGCUAAUGAAGAUGAGUUUGGCCAUGGAAAACUCGUUCGCGGUGGUUUCCUCCGCCAGCUUCUUCCCCUAGGCCUCCGUGUUCAGGACAAGAUAGAAAAGUUGAUCGAUAAACAUAUGCUCUCAGUUGGUGCAUCAAGAUUAUCUCUGUCAACUAUUUCAUCAGAAGAAUUGUGGCGAAAGAGUGGUCGUCUUGAAUCUGUUGCGCCCGAGCUUUUUCGAUUCAAAGAUCGUAAAGAUACUCCGCUGAUAUUGUCGCCUACGCAUGAGGAGGAGAUCACCUUCCUUGUCGCCGGAAUCGUCAAUUCAUACAAGGACCUCCCAAUUCGACUUUACCAGAUCACCCGAAAAUACCGCGAUGAGCGUCGCCCUCGCCACGGCCUUCUGCGCUCACGGGAGUUCCUGAUGAAGGAUCUCUAUACUUUCGACCUCACAACACUUGAGGCUGAGGAAACCUACCGCCAGGUGUCUGCAGCAUACCGCGCCUUCUUUGAUGAGCUAAAACUCCCAUAUUUUGUGGCCGAGGCAAGCUCUGGUGAUAUGGGCGGAGACUUAAGUCAUGAAUAUCACGUGCCAAGUUCUGUCGGAGAAGAUACCGUGGUAAAUUGUGACUCUUGUGGCUAUACUGCUAACGACGAAGUCGCUGCUCUCCGACCCCCCUCUCCGGCAUAUGAUGGUUCAGAGAGCCCUCCGGUGUCUGACUUUCGUGUUUGGCGAGGUAUCUCCAAGGACCGAAAAACCUUGAUCAAUGCUUGGUAUCCUCGAUCAUUGGGGACCGCUGCAGAAAGUGGUCUCAAUCUUCAUGCCCUCAAAUCAGCUGUCCCUGAGCUGGACGUCACCAUUGAGGAUCCCUUGCCACUUUGGGGAGUAUCAUUGGAGAGCGGAGCGGCAAAGGUGAUCAAUGUUGUUGAUGGAAGACUUGUACCGGUAUUUGAAAGAGUUCGCGAUCAGUUACCGUUGUUGCCCAAAGAUCUUCAACCAUACCAAGCUGAGUACUCAACAUUUGGCAGUACAGCCUCUGGUGGCGGGCUGAAUUUGGCACGUAUCACUGAUGGCGAUGCUUGCCCUCGAUGUGGAGAUGGCGCAUUAAAAAUCCAUCGUGCUUUAGAGUGCGGCCACACAUUCCAACUUGGAACUCGCUAUUCAGUACCACUCGAUGCUUGUGUCACCUUACCACGCUCGGGGAUUCCGGCGAGAGCUGCGGAAGAGGGGCUAGUCCCAGGGAGUCGUAUUCCUCUUCAAAUGGGCUGCCAUGGCGUUGGCGUUUCGAGAGUCUUUGGUGCUGUUGCUGAGAUUCUCGCGGACGAGCAAGGACUGAAUUGGCCCCGAGCCAUUGCGCCGUUUGAGGUUACGAUCAUACCUACACCAGACUUAGCCGAAGACUCUCUGAGAAUUUACGACUUGCUUGCCGCAGGCGACUGUUCGCGUAAUGGCUUAGACGUUGUUCUCGAUGAUCGCCAGCGAUCAUUUGUCUGGAAGAUGAAAGAUGCCGAUAUAGUAGGGUUUCCUGUUUUGGUUAUCAUGGGAAGAUCUUACAAAGAGAAUGGAACUUGCGAGAGUUCAUCUCCAAUUUAUUGGAUCGGCUUCAACCUCGAUACGCUAGAGCCCCAGCAGCUUGCCCAAGUCAAGAAGCAGCUUGAUGAAGAGCUCGAGCACUUGACAACGUCAUUCGCACAACUCCAUGCCGCCCAGAACAAGUUUAAAGACUGCCUCCAAUGCGUUAAGAGCCGCGCUGCCGCUCCCGAAGGUUCCAACUCUGUACUGGUUCCUCUCACCAACUCUCUCUACGUUCGUGGUCAGCUCACAGAUGCCGAUACUGUAUUGGUGGAUGUAGGCACUGGAUUCUUGGUUGAAAAGAAACUCAAGUCGGCCGAAAAGUUCUACGAUAGCAAAGUUGAGGAGCUGGGAAAUAACCUGAAAGAUCUCGAGGUUAUUGUCCAACGGAAGCAGACAAACGCACGAACGAUUGAAGAAGUUUUGAGGCAAAAGAUCAUGGCUGGCCAAGGGCAAGGCGAUCAACAGGCCUGA